AAUAAUAUAAAUAUUUAACAAUUUAUAAUAAUGAAUACAAAUAAUAAAAAAGCUAAAACUGUAUCAAAUAAUAAAACUAUAGCAACUAAAAAUUCGGAUAAUGGGUUUACUAUUGGUGAAAAUACGAUUUGGGAUUUACAAGCAAGUUUAUUGAAUAGACCAGCAAGAAAACAAAGUACACAUAUAAAUUCAAGAUAUGAAGAUCAUGAUGUAGAUACUACAGAAUAUAAUAUUUGGUAUCAUAGAAAGUUAGGAAAUAAAAAUUUUAAAGAUAGGGAUAUAUCCGAAACAAGAUGUAAUGUUUUAAAAGAUUGUGGUAAAACAAGAGCUGGUAAAAAUGCAUAUUUUUGUUGCCAUUUUUCUAAAGGUAGAUGUGUAAAUGGAGCCGACUGUACGUUCCUCCAUCGUGUUCCAACACCAGAGGAUGAUAAACGUUUAGAGAUUACACAUGAUAUUUUUGGUAGAGAAAGACAUAAAACCGAUAGAGAUGAUAUGGGUGGUGUUGGUAGUUUUAGUAGAGAUAAUAGAACAUUAUAUAUUGGUGGUAUAAAAUCAAAUUUAGGUGGAUCAAUGGAAGAUGUUGUAAGAAAACAUUUUGAAGAAUGGGGAAAAAUUGAAUAUGUACGUGUAAUUUUAAAUAGAUCGAUUGCAUUUGUAAGAUAUUUCUAUAGAAGCAAUGCAGAAUUUGCUAAAGAAGCAAUGGCAGAUCAAACAUUAGAUGGCGGUGAAUUAUUAAAUGUUAGAUGGGCAACUGAAGAUUCAAAUCCAUUUGCUAAAAAAGUAGAUGAAAGAAAUGUUCACAGAGUAGCAACUGAAGUAAUUAAUAAAAGAAUUAGAGAAAUGACACCAGAUGAUCAAUCAGCAUUAAAAUUUCAAAUGACAGGUCAAUACCCAAAUACUGAUGUUCAAUAUGAUAAAUAUGGUCAACCUAUUCAAGCUCCAAACUCAACACCCUAUCAAAUUCAAUAUCGUGGUAGUCAAAAUUAUGAAGUGCAUCCAUAUGCUUUACAGUAUAAUAAAGAUUUAGAAAAAAGACAAGAAACUGGUAAUGUGGACGGCAAUGUUGCCCCAUUGGGCGGUGUUGGUAGUUACUAUAGCCAUGACGCUGGCCACAUGAAUAAGGAGCUUCAACAACAACAGUACGAAGAAUAUUUAAAAUCAUAUUAUCAAGCCUAUGGUUAUGACUAUACAAAAUUAUCAGAUGAAGAAAAACAAAAACUUCAACAAUACUAUCAAUCCUAUUAUUAUGGCAAUCAAACUCAAAAUAAAGAAAAUGAUGAAGACGACGAUGAGGAAGAAGAUGAUGAAAACGAUGAUGAAAAUGAUGAUGAAGAUGAAGAAGAUAAUGAACAAAAAAAAGAAAAUGAUUCAAAUAAUGAAAAUAACAAAAACCAAAAUAACAAAAACCAAAAUGAAAAAGAGGCAAACACUGACAAAGAAGACAAAGAAGAUAAUGAAGAUAAUGAAUAA